AUGACCUAUUUGGACCUAAGCGCAAGAAUUAUGGGCUAUUUUCUUUCGAUGGACGAUUGGAGUUACAAUUUAGUGUUGUUGGAUCUUCAUAAAGCAGGGCAGCAAGCCGCGCGUGUCGAACACGAGCAGCUCCCCAUUGACUCCGCCCACCGAGUCAUACCCGGUCCGUCCCCCGAGCAACGAGUCAACACCGAGUUCCUUGCAAACCCGGCCCGCUAUGACCCGGCAAACCACCAUCGCCCUCCGCCCCCUCCCACCGCCGGCGUUCGCGGACCACGCGCCUCCCCUGACCGAGUACGCGCCGCCUUUGGCGGCGUCCCCCAGGCAGUAGAAACGCAUAACCUCAUUUCCGUCCGCGGCGCACCGCGAGUGGUCCUCGGCGCCGCCGGCCCUCUGCCUGACCGCCUGCCGGUACUCCUCGAACCGGGUCGCCGUCCGGGUCGAACUCCGCACCUUGAGCACCGUCUCGACCCGGCCCGGAAAGCCUUUCUGUCCCCAGCUGGAGCUGAAGAUUAUCUCCACCACGUUGCGCGACGGGUGGCCCUCGGGAAGCUCCGCCAUGGACGAGAAGGACGAUCCGGGUCGGAGGUUCGGAUCCGGAUCGGCGGGUUUCAAGGUAACGGGUCGCCUGAACGGCGGCGGCUUUGGGUUCCUGGGGUCGGCCUUCUUUGUGGCAUUGACGGCGUCGUUGAGGCUUUGGACGGUGUUUCUGCAGCCGUGGGAGUGGAGGCGGUGGUAUCGAGGGUUCGAGCGGCGGCGGUGGUCAACGACGUCGUCCGGCGAGUUUGA